AACAGGGGAUGGAUGAUCCGGGAUGGGCGGUCAUGGCGACCAUCUUUGCAUUGCAAUUCGCGGCCACAACGCUAGCAAGAAAUCCGCGAUGGCUCCUAUCGAUGGUGCGAAUUAAACCCAAGAAAUGCAAGGAAUGUUUGGGAACUGGCUACAAUCUCUGCCUAAUGUGCAAGGCCCGCGGCAAACAAGGUGGGCUCUUCACUGGAUCGCCGCUCGAGAAGUGCUCGCUAUGCCAAGGCCGGGGAAAGAUCAGCUGCGUGCGCUGCGCGGGCACUGGUAUCGCGAAUCGCCUCUUCUUCCGCCUCAAGAAAUCCUCCCGAUAAAAAAUCUUCAAAUUCUGUUUUUAUAGCGUUCACGUCAGCCCUAACAUUUGAAUUCGUGUUUUAGGGUUCUUCAUUCGAAUGUACAAAACAUAUAACAAAGCUCACGCCCGUUUCCUCGCU